AUGCUCUGCAAGCUGGCCACCCUCCUCGCUGCUGGCCAACUGGCUGCAGCAACCACCUACACGCUCCAGGACAGCUACACGACCAAUAACUUUUUUGACGAGUUCGACUUCUACACGGGUGCCGACCCCACCAACGGGUUUGUAGACUACCAGUCCGCCUCGGCCGCGUCGGCGUCGGGCCUGGCAGGCUACUCUGAGGGCGGCAUCUACCUGGGCGCCGACUACAAGACCAGCAACCCCACGUCAGGCCGUGCCUCGACCCGUGUCUCCUCCAAGAAGUCCUACACCCACAUGCUCCUCGUCGCCGACGUCAACCACAUGCCCGUCGGCUGCGGCACCUGGCCCGCCCUGUGGUCCUUUGGGCCCGACUGGCCCGCGGGCGGCGAGAUCGACAUCAUCGAGGGCGUCAACUCGCAGACCAGCAACGAGAUCACCCUGCACACCGAGGAGGGCUGCACCAUGUCCCAGGGCUCCCAGCUGACCUCCACCAAGGUCCUGGACACCUUCGACUGCGGUGCCGACAACGGCAACACCGGCUGCCCGCAGCUGACCACCGAGACCACCAACUUCGGCACCGGCCUGAACGCCGGCGGCGGCGGUGUCUAUGCCAUGGAGUGGACCAGCAGUGCCAUCAGUGUCUGGUUCUUCCCCCGCAACAGCUCCAAUGCCAAUGCCCUGACCGGCGGCGGCAACUCGUCCUCCUCGGCCGUCGACACGUCUGGCUUUGGUACGCCGCAGGCCCAGUUCUCGGGUGGCAGCGGCUGCGAUAUUGAUCAGUACUUUACCAACCACACCAUCAUCAUCGAUACCACCUUCUGCGGAGACUGGGCUGGCAAGCAAACCGUCUGGAGCGCCGAUGACACAUGUUCCGCCCUCGCCAGCACGUGCGAGGACUACGUCGCCAACAACCCAGACGCCUUUGUCGACGCGUACUGGCUCUUCAACUCCAUCAACGUCUACCAGGCCUCUGGCAGCAGCACCACCACCACGCGCCGCGCUCAGACUGACUCGACCAUCAAGCGGCGUCUGGAGAAGUACCGUCUUUGA